AUGACAUCAAGACCACGCUUGUACGCUCGUAGUCGAGCUUGUAAAACAAAUUCUUGUCUUUCAUCUUCAUCUAAACCAGAUGUUCUCGUUCUUCUCGAUGACGACGCUGAUUCAAAUUUGAUAGUCGAACAUCUAAGUAAAGAGCCUAUACUUUGUCAAGUAAUCGUAUUACCAGACGUUGAUGCUUUGAAUCAAUAUUAUCGAUCGCAUGAUAAUAAUGAUAAUAGUAAUAAAUGGAUUUAUCUUGUUACAUCAAUUUCAUUUACCGAUCAAAUUAAUAAAUUAGCAAACGUAAAUGAUGAUUUUUACUCAAUUUCUACUUCUGAGUAUAUUCUUGCUCUAGAAGAAGUUUGUCGAGUAUUCGAUAAAAAAUUUGAACUUUUUCACGACGAAGAACGACUUGCUAAGGCAUUGAGAGAUCAUCUCAAUUCAUUUCUUACAUUAGACGAUGUUGAAUUAUCAAGUCAGAGUGUCUCAUUACAGACACCAAGUUUUGCUUGGUUUCAAUUCAUGUUUAUGUUACUUUCACGCCUUGAACGAUCCGAUAUAGGUAUGCAAGAAGUAAUUGAUAGAUUACGUAUUGAUUAUCAUUUUGAAUCAGAUACUAUCGAAGAAUUCAUUGAAACAUAUUCAUCGGAAAAAGCAAUUGAAUGGUGUAUGAAAGAUUCAUUUUAUUUUGGUCAUAUUAAUCAUACAUUACGUAGUAAAGAUAUAAAAAAUAUUUUUACACAUCGAACAAUUAUUCGCGAUGUCGAACAAAGUCUUAUUUCAUGGCAUUAUGAUCAAAAACAAGUGUGGAAAUGUUUGUUACCAAUGAAUGUUUAUCGUGGUCAAAAGACUUCAAAACAAGAACUUAAAUCAUGGCAAUCUAAUAUUGGUUCUAUUAUAACAAUGACAUCAUUUCUUUCAACAAGUAUGGAUAAAAAGAUUGCUAGUGUAUUUGCCGAAACAUUUGAUAACGAUGAUAAUGAUGAUGAAGCUACAUUAUUUACCAUUUGGGUGGAUAAAAACAUAGCACCUAAAUCUAUUUUUGCUUAUUUAUAUCAUGCUGAUUGUGAACCCGAUGAUCAUGAAAUUCUUUUCUCUCUUCGCACAUUGUUUCGUAUUGAUAAAGUCGAAUAUGAUAGUUAUGACGAAACAUGGUAUAUUAAUAUGACAGUUGUAGAUGAAAGUAAUGAAGAAGUACAAAGAGUAACAGCACCAUGGAAAACAUCAAUUUUAAAAGAAAAUAAUUCUUUUCAAUCGGAAAAUAAAUCACUUAUCUAUGUACGUGAUUUAUCAGCGGAUAAUGGAGCUUUUCUUUCAUUUCAACUCUCGCUUGAUAUAGUACUUCGUUUAGAUCGAAAUGAUUUUGCUCGUCAAGAAAUGCUUUCAAUGUGUCGAACUAAAUUUAGUCAUGAUCUAUUGACAUUGGCAAAAAUUGAUCGAUUUGAAAUGAACUAUCAAUCAGAACAAGAUGCAGUCAAAUGGUAUACAGCGGAUAGUUUUCUUUAUCGUCUUCUUAAUGAAGUUCUUCGUAUUGAAACGGUUGAUCAUAUUUUUAAACUGCGUUAUUUUAUUCAAGAUCUUCAUAAUCAAUUAGCUCUAAUGCAAGUUGAUUACUUAAAAAGAUUAAAUAGAUAUAAUCUUUCAAUUUUAAAAUUAUAUCGUGGUCAAGUUAUGACAAGGAAUGAUUUAGAAAAUAAUUUUCGUACUAAUAAAGGAAAUCUUGUAUCAAUGAAUAGUUUUUUAUCAACUACAACAGAUCGUUACGUAGCCCGUGCAUUUGCGAGCGAUGGUGAUAUUGAAAAUCCAGAAACUCAAGUAUCUGUACUGUAUGAAAUUGAUAUUGAUACUCGAUUACCUCAUUCAGUACCAUUCGCUGAACUCGGUGAUCAGAGUAAUUUUGAACAUGAAGAUGAGGUACUCUUCUCAAUGGGAGCCAUUUUUCGUAUCGGAGAAACUUAUGAAGAACACAGAUAUUUAUGGACAGUAAAAUUAACUUUAACUACGAAUGAAGAUGAACAAUGGAAUGUUUUGACCGAGCAUUUACAACAACAAGAAGAAGCAUCUAAUCAAAUGAAUAGACAAAUAUCGAUGAUCAAUAAUAGAAAUGAAAAGAUUAUUAUUAAUCCAAAUACUAUGAAUACAAAAAAACGAAGAAGCCGAAGUUUCAACGAUCGUUAUUACUUGAAGCGUGAGUUUCGUCGAUCGAAUUGGUCUAAAGCUUUCCAAAUAAGAAUGAGUCGACGAUUUGAACAUCCAGAGUUUCAACUUACUCACAAAGAGAUUUAA